AUGGAAUUAACACGAGCGGCAUUCGAACCAAUGUUAGAUACAACAUGUCAGUCUGUGUUAGAGUUUUUAUUUGACAGGAACUCUACUCUGUAUUACAGUAACAGUUCAACUAAAGAACAACAAAGUGACAGUGAAUUAAUAAUGCCAGAACAACCAGCAAAUCAGCCUUUAUCGGAAUUAUUAGAUGAAAUAUUGAGGGCUGCUGAAUCUCGUAGAAAUCCUCGCCAUCCUGGCUUUAUGUGCCUUAUGCCUAAUGGUGGUUUAUUACAUUCAGUGUUAUCUGAUAUUGUUAGUCAAUGCACAAACAAAUAUACAGGAUAUUACAUGGGAGCACCUGAGCUAGUUAAUUUAGAAUGUAGAGUUAUACGAUGGUUAUGUUCAGUUUUUGGUCUUGAAGUGUGCACGCACUCCCUUGACUGA